ACAACCCACCGUCAGUUGGCGAACAGCCGCGAUUGGUGCCGGUUCAAUCGAAAUAUUUUAAUUCGAAAAAAUCUUUAUGUAUUUAAUUUUCGAAAAUUGACAUAUUGACAUUUACUCACUUUUAAAAAAUUAAUUAAUGGAUAUAUAUAAUUAAAUUAAUUAGUGAUUAAAUAAAUGUUAAAAUUUAUUUUAAAAAAAAAAGUGAAAUAUCAUUUUGGAUCUUUGACAUUUUAAUUUUUUUCAAGUGAAUAUAUUCAUAGGAUAUUAAUUUGUUGGAGAAAAACUCAGACAGUCUAAAUAAAUUUUAAUAAUUGUAAUUCAUCAAUUGGAAAUCGAAAAAAAUUUGUCAAAUUAAUUAUAAAGCUUUGACAAUUAAUUGUUUGAUAUUAUUGUAAAAAUAUAAUUAAACAAAAAUUGUGUAAAUGAAUUGCCAUGUAGCAAGUGGCAAUGGAAAAAAAAUUUACUAGGAUGACUGAAGAUUAAUUCAGCAAGUCAUCUUGGAUUGAAUUUGAUAACCAGUUGAAUUGUGAGUCAAUCAAAUAGAUAUAGGCAAAAAAAAAAAAAUAGAAUAAUUAGUGGAAAAUUAAAAUACAAUUUGAAAAUUGAGAUAAAAAAAAAGACUGAAGUAAGUGAAAGCUAAAAUGAAGACAAUGGGUGAUGUAGUUGCUGAUUCAAUUGAUGAUAAUUCAAGACAAGAAUCAAAUCAUCAUGCUUCAGUUAGUAAAGAGUUGGGUCAAAGAACACUUAGAUCAUUGAAAAGAGGACUUGGUCGUUUGUGGAGACGACAUAGGGGCAAUGCCUCGAUUACCGAAUAUGAUCCAUCCUACAAGGUUGCUUAUCUUGGAAAUGUACUGACUGGAUGGGCCAAAGGUGAGGGCUGUGUUGAAAAGCCAGUGUCGACCUUGUGGCGUAAUUAUGUGAGUAGCAAUAGACCGGAUGUGACAAUGAGACUGACUGUAACAAAUGGAGGAUUGACAGCAACAACCAAGGAUCAUGGUUUAACUGAAUACUGGGCACAUCGUGUGACAUAUUGCACAGCACCAGUAUCACAUCCACGUUUAUUUGUUUGGGUAUACAGACAUGAAGGACGCAGACUUAGACCAGAAUUAAGAUGUCAUGCUGCAUUAUGUUCAAAAGAAUCAACAGCAAGAAGACUUGCAUCAACAUUAAAUACAAGACUUCAUCAAGCUUUACUUGAAUUUCGAAGAGACAAAGUAUCCAGACAAAAUGCCAGAUUAUCUCUUGCAAAUGCAGUGUAUGAAAAUCCAUCGUUGCCAAGAAGAAAAAUAUUAUUGAGUACUGGUGGACAAAAUUAUAAACCACCAUUAGAAAGAUCAAAAAGUGCACCAAAACUUUCAGCAAUUGAGGAAGAUUCAGUUGCUGAAGAAAUUGAACAAAAAAGAUUACUCGAAGAAUUGAGGUCACUUGAAAAUGUAGCACGUAGUUGGCAAGACCAGGAUGGCUGGAGAUUGGCUCGUCUUGUUGAUGCAUUAAAUCGUGCUGGUGCCUCAAGCGAAUAUUCAGAUGAAAAUGGUAGUAUAUCAAGUGGAUGUGAAACAGCAAGUACAUCAAACAGUGAAGAAAGAGCACCAGGUAUUGAUGAUAAUAAUCAUACAAUUGUUGACAUUGAAACAAAAACCUCAAAUAGAAGAGUAUUAUUUUCUGAUGAUGUAUUAUUACGAACAAAAGUUGAUAAAGUACCACGAAGAAAUUCUGAUGGUUCACCAAAUUUUUUAAAUUUCAAUGAAAAUACAAGAUUUCCAUGUUCACGAACUAUUGAUAGAAAUAGAUAUUUAUUAUCGAAAAAUGAUAAUCUUCUUGAAGAAGAAAACGAGAAUGAAGAAGAAGAAGAAGAGGCAGAAGAAGAAGAAGAAGUAGAAGAAAUACCUGAAGAAGAAAUGGAAUCAUCAAAUGUAUUUGAUUUCGAAGACACAGAAGUAUUUGAUGAGAUUGUUGACUACCGACCACAUGGAGAAAGUCCAUCAAGAUUGGAGAAUAUAACCGGAAGACAUUUAGAUGUUAAAGAUGAAAAAAAAUAUUUAACAAUAAUGAAUCAAGUUGAUGAGAUGCUUGAAAGUGUUGAUUCAUUUGUAACACUUGGUUCACUUGAUGAAGAAGAAGCUGAUAGUGAUGAAAGUGGAUAUGUUGAAGCACCACCAUUACCAAAAGUUAUAUUAAAUCAAAAUGAUAAUGAUAACAAUACAAAAAUAAAUGGUAACAAUAAAAUUCACAUUCAAAUAAAUCAAGAAUCUCCAAAACAAAUUAAUCAUGAACAUAAUGAUGAUGAUGAUGAUGUAAAAAUAAUUGUAACAGAUAAUAUAAGUAAUAAUAAAAAUAUAAAAGAUGAUGAUAGCUCAAUGAAUAAUCAAUUAAAAUUAAAAGAUCGUGAAAAAGUUGAUUUUAUAAAAUGUCCAAUAUCAGAAACAAUUAAAAAACUAGCAAAUGCAUCAUUAAGAAAUUCGAAAUCAUUUGAAAUAUCAACAAAUACAUGUUUAAAAGCAUUAAAUACAUUUAAAAAUACAAAAACAUUUGAUGAAAAUAAUGUUAAUGAUGAUCGUAAUGAUGAAUCACCUAGUCUUCAUCAGAGAAAACAGCUACUUGCUCAGCAUGGAGUAACAGUCUGAGAUAUAUAUUAUAUAUAUUAUUAUUAAAUAAAUAUUAUUGUUUUUUUUCUAUUUAUUAUUGUGAAUAUUAUUAUGUCAUGAUGAUCAUCAUAAAAUAUUGAUUAACAUUUAAUUUUCAUCAAUUUAAAUUCCAUGUAAAUGUAUAUUUUUGUGUGAGAAUAAAAAUAUAUUUUGAUGAUGAUGAUGAUGAUGAUGAUAACUAGUCCACUUCAAUAAUUAUUUGGUGAAAAUUAUCAAAUUGUUUUACCAAGUUUUUAAACAGAUUUAAUGAUAGCAUGCUCGUUUGAAACGAUCAGUGUAAAAUUAUUAUUAUUACUAUUUUUUUUUUUUUUUGGUAAAUGAGAUAUUUCGAAAAUUUAAAAAGACAAUUUGUUGAUUAAAAAUCAUGUCAUCUUGCACGUAUUAUAUAUAUUAGAUAUUAAUAUUUAAAAAUGUUAUUGAUGUAUAGACAAAAUUGUAGGAAAAGCUUUAUAGUAUGUUGAUUGAGUGUUGAUAUAUGAAUUAUUACAUGGAAAAAAAUUAAGAAAAUAUAUGUGAUUUGAUAAAUGUUGUUGAAUAGCUAUUAUGUAUUUCGUUGUUUUUCAAUUUUUUAAUUUUUAUUAGGAUCUAGGUGAAAUUGUGGUUUGAAAAAUUAGCAGUGUAGAUAAACAGUUGAGGUGGUUUCUUUUUUUUUUAAAAAAGGGUAAAUUGAAUGAAAAAAAAAUUGAAGAUGUCUAGGUUGAUUGAUUGAUUUUUUGUAAAUGAGAACGCUCUCUUUGUGGCUAAUUAUUAUUAUAUAAUUAAUAAUUGUUGACCAUAAAAUAAAAUUUAUAUUAAUUUAAAUUGUAAAUUAUUUAAUGAUUAAAUGAUUGCAAGUUAUUUUUAUCAUUAAUUAAUAAGUAAAUGAUUUGUUAAAUAAUUAUUAAAAUAUUAGAAAAAAAAAAGAAAAGAAAUUGGAAUUUUAGAAUAUAAAAAUGCCAUGUUUAUUGGAGUUUUAUGGAAAUAAAAAAAAUAUGAUAAUUUAUCUGUUUUUAAAAUUAAUAAAGAAAUAAAUUGUAAUAUUACUUGAUAUAGAAAAAAAAAUAAAAUAAAGCAUCUUAUUGUAAUAGAAAAAAUAAUAAAAUAAACAGAAUUGUAUUAAAUAUAUUUUACGUUGAAA